AUGGGGCAACAAACGCAACAUCUCCGACCGAACGAAAUCAACGGGUUAUUCCAAAACCAGUCGUUAACGCUGGAAGCGAAAGCGAUGAGAGCGUUAACCGCUCUCAUUCAAAAGAAAGAGUUCGACUCCCGAGAGAAGGAAGAGGAUUACGUGGAGGAUAUUUUAAACGCUUUGGACGGGAAGUGCUUGCAAACGAGCGUGGUCUCGGAGGAGAUCGCGCGGGAGGCGGUGGGCGAGAUGGAGAGGAAGAAGGAGAUUGAAAACGUGAUAAAUCGUGAUGCGCCGAUGGCGGUGGACGAAGAAGACGGAGAGGUAGGAGAAAAAGAAGAUGAUGAUGAUGUUGAUGUUGAUGAUGAAUCGGACGACGAGGACCGAGCGAACCAAGAGAGAUUGCAAAACGAACUCCGGGACGAAGCCAUCGUCGUGUGCGACGCGUUCGCGCACGCGCCUCGGUAUCAGUACGACGAAACGAGAAACGUGUUUGCGAAAAUCGACCAACCGGCGACGAUGGACGCCGAGGCGGAUUCGAAAAUCAACGUCUAUCGGGAACGGUUUCAUUUGUUGAGGCAGAGAAUGAGCAGGCACGAGAGUUUUACGAAACCGGCGUUUGGGAAGAAGAAAAAAGGUAACGAAGAUGCGAGUACGAACGCGAAUAACACGAACGAGUUGACGCCGCUUCGAUCGUUGGUCGGUCAGUGUUACGGGCCGAGAGUCGUCAUGGGAUGUUUGUCGCAAGUGGAAGACGGUAUUUUUCACUUGGAAGAUCCGACUGGGUCAAUGAGAAUUGAUUUGACCGCGGCGGCGGCGACGAGUGGGAUGUUUUGCGAGAAUUGCGUGGUAAUUGCGACAGGAGAAGUGAGGAAGACUGACGGCAUUUUUGAAGUGUCCGCGUUGGGCCAUCCACCGGCGGAGACGAGAAGGAAAACGCUGGAAGCGACCAACGCGACGGAUUUUAUGGGCGCCGCGCAAGGUGGAAAACACGUCGCGCUGCGACCGAGAGAUUUAGACGAGUUGAUCAAAACAGAAAAGAAAGCGAAAGACGAACGAUUCGUCGUCAUUUCCGAUUGUUACUUGGACGAUUCCAAAUGUUUGAGACGAUUGAGGAAUAUUUUUGAAGUGUACGAUCAAUCGCCGAAACCGCCCGGGUUGUUUGUGUUUAUGGGGGAUUUCACGCGAGUACCGUUUGGUCCGACGAAGUAUGAUUUCGCGUCGUACACGAAAUCGUUCGACCAGUUGGCGGAUUUGUUGGACGAAUACCCGUCUAUUCGCGAAGAGUGUCGCUUCGUGUUUGUCCCCGGGCCGGGCGAUCCCGGAAAUACGAGCGCCUAUCCAAGACCAGGAUUGCCUGCCGCGUUGAGAGGUCAUAAAAUCACCGCGUGCUUGCAAAAAGUAGAGUUUGCGUCUAAUCCGUGUAAGAUUCGAUGGCAUUCGCAAGAUUUGGUCUUUUUCCGAGACGAUUUACAAGCCAGAGCGCGACGAGGGUGUGUGUUACCGCCGGUGGACGAUUUGGGCACGGAGGAAGACGACGAGCGAUUACAGUUAGACAUGUCACCGAGAGAACGUGAACGACGAAAAGCAAUGCGAGAAAAACCUUUGUUCCAUCACUUGGCGAUGACUUUAGUUCAGCAAUCGCACUUAUCGCCGUUGCCGUUGACGCAAAUGCCGAUUUAUUGGGAGAGAGACCAGGCGAUGUGGUUGUACCCGGCGCCGAAUGCUAUUUUCUUAGGCGAUCGAUCGGAAACGCAGUGUAAAAUGACUGACGUGUGUGGUGUGGAAACGAUGAUGGUAAACCCAGGAUGUUUCGCGGACGAUGGGAGUUUUGCGAUUUAUAAUCCAAGCGAACGAGAAGCGGAUUUAUCCGUCGUGAGCGCCGCGGAGAUGUAA